AUGCCAUUCAAGAACAACAAAUCUUCUCUCUUGUUGGCUACUCUCGUGUUCUGUCUUUUGAUAAUCAGUACGAGAAUUGUUGAAGCCUCUUUGCAACAUCAAAAAACAUUUACCAUCAAGGCUGGAUUGGAAAAUUAUCAAUCAACAGUUAAAUUGGACAAUGUAGCUUGCUCUUUUAAAUUCUCAACAAUUGCUUGUUCGGAAUUAAAGAAGAAGGAAGAACCAAAGAAGGAGGAAAAAACAACUAUAGUUUCUUAUUCGGAGGCUAUCAAGAGAUUAUCCAAAGCAACAUGUCUUAACAAGGUGGAAGGUUAUUGGACCUAUUCUUAUUGUUUGGAAGGAAAGAUCAAACAAAAUCAUGGUGCUGAAGUUUAUCAACUCGGAACCUUUUCCAAAUACAAUCAAGAUAAAGGAAUCUUUGAUAAUGGUGAGGAAUGUGCCCUUUCAGGUGGUAAAAAAGUUAGAAGAUCCACCGAUGUAAUUUACAUGUGUGGUAUGAGUACUGAAAUUGUGAGCAUUAGAGAACCUCAACAAUGUAAAUAUGAACUUAUUGUGACAGAUCCACAACUUUGUGGUAAGGAUUCUCCAUUCCCAUCCUAUCACCAUGAGACAAGUACUUCAUCCAUUACUGAAACUUCAAUCUAUGAUCAUUUUGAAAUGAAAAUUGAAAAGACUCUUUUCGAUAAUCAAUAUCUAUGUACCGUACAAUCAAUUCUUAGAGAUUUGAAAUCAAAACCAACCUCAUGUUUCACCUAUUUCUCAAUGACCUUAGAUGGAAAGGAAGAUGAAUCAUCAUUGACAGCUCGAGCAAUGCAUCAUGGAAGAAUUCCUUUCAAAAACGAAGAACUCAAAUACACAAAGAAUGGAAAACAAGUUAAGACCACCAGCUCAUUCGAUGGUUCUCUUGAUUACAUUCAAGUGAAAUAG